UCCCGCCUGCGGAACUCACUUCAGUCGUCUGCCUGAAUUCAACCGCGUAGCACUUCGGUCGGUCCUAAAAAAGCACAGAAUGGAGAAGAACUAUCCGUACGAGCAGCAGCAAACUCAAGCUCCCCAGGCACCGCCCGGUUAUGACAACACCCAGGUCUAUCCUAAUUUGCAUCAGCAACAGCCGAUGAUUAUUCAGGCACCCCCCAAUGUUUUGGGUGGCGUCCCGUCCAUGGCAACCUGUCCGAGUUGCGGAGUCCGCAGGGAAACGAAUGUGGAAUUCGAGCCAAGCACCAAAACCCAUUUGCUGGCCCUCCUCAUCUGCAUGUUGGGGGGCAUCUGCUGCUGUUGCAUUCCCUACUGCAGCGACUCCUGCCAGUCGGCCAAACACACCUGCAGAAGCUGUGGAGCCUAUGUGGGAACAUACAAGAACUAAAAUUCCUGAUCGAAAAAACUUAUUUUGCUUGACCAAUGAUGACGUCAUACUUCGUGACAAAUUUAGAGGAACGAGUUGGGAUUAGAAUUCCGCCACAUUUUUAUUGUUCUUCGAAUUCAGAUUAAGCACACCAGUUUAUAUUGUAAAAAUCCGUUAAUGCUAUUUGUACAUUUCAAUUAAAAUAAAUAAUUACGCCACCGUUAA